AAUGAUUCAACAACAAUUUAAGAGAUUGAAAAUUAAUCGUGAAAAACGAAUUGAAUCACUCGACAGAUCGAUUAAAAAGCACGUUGUAGCACUUUAUCGUAAGAGAAAUCGUUUUGUUUCCGAAAUAGAUGUAAUUUAUGAAAAGAACAAAUCUGAAUUGAAACAAACGAAAAAUGUUAUCAAAGAUCUACUAGAGACGACGAAAAAUAUGGAGGAUACCUAUAGUCGUGACUCAUUUAGAUUGAAUAUUAAAGAUUAUCUUGAAUCGUGUAUAAAUGAAAUGCAUAAAGCUGAGAUUUAUGAUAAAUAUUCAUUUUUAAGUGAAUUAGAUAAGGUAAAGAUUGUUGAGCAUACUUUUGAAAGACCAAUUUCUGAAUUAUCGUUUCAACUCGUGGUAAAACCAAGAAAGAUUAUUGAUACAAAGGUAGGAUUUCUGGUGCUUUUAGGUAGAUCGAGGGUAUACGCGUUAUUUUCCGAAGCACUUUUAGUGGAAGAUGAUAACGAAAUUCUUGAUAUUUGCCCAACGUACAAUAGAGAUUUGGCAUAUAUCCAAUAUAUAAAAGGUGUAUUUUAUUAUAAAGAAGUAGUUCUGGAAGGAGAUUAUAUAAAUGAAAGAAUAAGACAAAGAAAAGGAAUUCCUUUAGUGGAACGUGAUAGUUGUCCUUCUAUGGCGAUAUUUUGCGUUUUCAAAGAUUCUAUCUUAUUAAAGAAUGAGAAUUCAUUUGACGAAUGUCUCUUCAAAAAAUCCAACUAUAGACCAAUGAGCUAUUUGAAAGAUGAUCGUAAUGAUCUAUUUCAAUAUUCAAAGGAUAAUUAUAAAACCUUUCCUCACGGUUUAUGCAGGAUACUUGGAUCAUUUAUUGAGUAUUAUAGCUCCGAAGCGAAGUUUACCUACCUUAUUAGAAUUGUUCCUAUUGUAAAGGAAUAUCCAUCGGUAUCUAACGAGAUAAUAUCGAAAUUAAACGAAGGAUAUGAAAUUUUUUCGAUACGAAAUCAACAUUUUCUUGUUCAUUUUGGCAAAAAAGUUGGAUUCUCUUUAGAUAAUGACGCUUAUUUCAAUGGUAAAAUUUUGUUAGAGUAUCGAAUUGAAGGAGAGAUGGUAAUGUUUUGUUUAACUGACAAGGAUAAAUCGAAAAAUAUAACUAUUGAUCGUUAUUUGAAUUUAGCAUAGACAUAUUUUUCAAUCGGAAGCUUUCUACUUAUCCUCCUCCUCUUCUACUUUAUUAGUCAUUACGAACUUAUAUCGAACCGUAUACCACGCUUACAUUUAGUAAUUUGAUUUUAAUAAAAUUAUAUUCUCAUCACAUGACCGUCAUAUAUUCUAUAAAUAGUACACUAUUACGAUUCUUAAACGUUAUUGAAUUAAGAGAGUAUCAUAUUUAGCUAUUUUUGUUAUUCCAAAAGUUUACAAAAA